UAUAGUGGAUGCAGGGUCCGGGGAGACCGGAUAUAGUGGAUGGGUCAGGGUCCGGGAGACCGGAUAUAGUGGAAUGCAGGGUCCGGGGAGACCGGAUAUAGUGGAUGCAGGGUCCGGGGAGACCGGAUAUAGUGAAUGCAGGGUCCGGGGAGACCGGAUAUAGUGGAUGCAGGGUCCGGGGAGACCGGAUAUAGUGAUGCAGGGUCCGGGGAGACCGGAUUUAGUGAAUGCAGGGUCCAGGGAGACCAGAUUUAGUGAAUGCAGGGUCCAGGGAGACCAGGAUAUAGUGAAUGCAGGGUCCGGGAGACCAUAUAGUGAUAUAGGGUCCAGGGAGACCAGAUAUAGUGAAUGCAGGGUCCGGGGGACCGGUUAUAGUGAAUGCCUCCAGGGAGACCAUAGUGAAUGCAGGGGUCCGGAUGCAUAGUGGGAUGCAGGGUUCGGGGUUUAGAAGAAUGAGUUUAAAGCGAUUGUA